UUCAUAUUUUAAUAAAUCUAUAGCACGUUUGGUUUUCACAAUGUUUGCAUUUUUUGGAAAACUUCUUGACUGGUUUAAAUCUCUUUUCUGGAAGGAAGAAAUGGAGCUUACUUUGGUUGGGUUGCAACACUCGGGAAAAACAACAUUCGUAACUGUAAUAUCUUCGGGUCAAUUCAAUGAAGACAUGAUUCCAACUGUUGGUUUUAACAUGAGAAAAGUAACAAAGGGAAAUGUUACCAUAAAAGUGUGGGAUAUUGGUGGCCAGCCCCGAUUCAGGAGCAUGUGGGAGCGAUACUGCAGAGGGGUGAAUGCAAUUGUAUACAUGGUGGAUUCUGCGGACACAGAAAAAAUUGAAGCUUCCAGAAAUGAACUCCAUAAUUUACUUGAAAAACCUCAGUUACAAGGAAUUCCUGUUCUAGUGCUGGGAAAUAAGAAAGAUCUUCCUCAAUCGCUUGAUGAGAAGGAAUUAAUUGAACGAAUGAAUCUUGCUGCUAUCCAAGACCGAGAAAUAUGUUGUUACUCAAUUUCAUGCAAAGAAAAAGACAACAUUGACAUAACGCUACAGUGGUUAACACAGCAUUCAAAAGCUGGCGGCAGUUAGGUGUUUUGGAAAAAUCCGUUGCACUUAUUGAGGACUUAACAAAUUCAACACAUGAAGAAGUUCAACAUUGAAUUAUCUGUACUUCUUUUGGAAUUGAUUUGAACAUCUGCAUUCCUGUGUUUAGGUGUAUAUAGUAUAAAUAUAUUUAUGUUUUCUUGGUAUUAUUAUGAUUUAGCCUUGUGCUGGCUCCUAACUGAAAGCUUUGAAUUGGUCAGUCAAUUAAAUGCAGAAAGUAGCUGCAGCGUUUUGUAGCAAACAAUUUUUUGGCUUUUUGGAUAUAAUAUAUCAACUUGUUAAUUUAAAAUGAAGUAUUAAAAUGAAUGUAGUGGCCAGUAGGCUCAAACCCAACUAUUGAAAAUUACAUUUGUGCAUGCUGCAGUUGCAUUUUACUUGUUAUUUACCAAAUGCACCAUACAAUGGGACCUGUGAAAUAUGAUAUAAAGUUCGAUAUAUUUGAUUCUUUGUUUAACUAAAUCGAUGUUUGCUUAAUGAAGUCAUACAUGUUUCUGAUUAUAUCACUGUCUCAACAAAA